AUGCGAGUUCUACUCGGUCUCUGUUCGUCCCGCCUUCCCUGUCACCCAACUACUCGCUUCCUCAGCCGGAGAUGCAUGAGCGUCCGCCCAGAGGACAACCCGGCUGCCGCACCCCGUAGGAAGGUGACCAUCGAGCAUCUGCACAAACUACGCCGCGCGGGCACACCCAUCACCAUGCUCACCGCGUACGACUUCCCCACCGCCCGCGCGUGCGACGCCCACGGGGUCGACAUCACCCUCGUCGGCGACUCCCUCGCCCAGGUCUGCCUCGGCCUCCCCUCCACCACCCGCCUCACCCUCCCCGAGAUGGUCCACCACACCCGCGCCGUCGCCCGCGGCACCACCGCCCCGCUCCUCGUCGCCGACAUGCCCUUCGGCACCUACCACGCCUCCCCCGCCGACGCCGUCCGCAGCGCCGUCCGCCUCGUCCGCGACGGCCGCGCCGAGGCCGUCAAGCUCGAGGGCGGCUCCGAGGUCGUCCCCGCCGUCCGCGCCCUCACCGCCGCCGGCAUCCCCGUCAUGGCCCACGUCGGCCUCCUCCCCCAGCGCCACGCCAUGCUCUCCGGCUACCGCGUGCAGGGCCGCGACGCCCCCGCCGCCCUCGCCCUCCUCCGCGCCGCCCUCGCCCUCGAGGACGCCGGCGCGUUCGCGGUCGUCCUCGAGGCCGUCCCCCACCCCCUCGCCGCGUACAUCACCCGCCGCCUCCGCCGCGCACCCACCAUCGGCAUCGGCGCCGGCGCCGAGACCGACGGCCAGGUGCUCGUGUGGGACGACGUCAUGGGCACCUGGGGCGGCCACCAGGCCAAGUUCGUCCGCCGCUUUGCUGAUGUCGCCGGCGCGGUCGAGGGCGGCGUGAAGAGCUACUUGCAGGCGGUCAGGGAGCGCACCUUCCCCGUCGCGGCGGAGAGCUAUGAGAUGGCCGAGGGGGAGCUGGAGAAGUUCAUGCGGUUGGUCGAGGAGGAGGCCCUGCUGUCGUCCGGUGUCGGGGAGACAGAGUCGUGA